CUGAAGCGUCGGUGAGCGCAGGAAGCUGUUGAAGAAGCGGAGGUCGUGAAGCUGCUUCGCUCCCGGCGGCAGCUCCCGGUUGUCCCCCCCCCAGCACAGAGACGCUGAGCGGCGGUCAGAGCGGCAGCAGGGAGCCCGCUGGCUGCAGGAGGAAGAGGAGGAAGAGGAGGAAGAAGAGGAGGACAGGAUGGUUCAGGGUCCCGUCUGACGCCCGCUGUCCUGCACCGAAGUGACCAUGAAGGACACGGGGGAAUCCAAGGAGCAGCAAUUCACAGUUGCCCUGAGGAUCCGACCCCUCAGCGAUGCGGAGCAAGAGGAGGCGGCUACGGUCGUGGCCCACAGAGUGGACGACCAGAUGGUGGUUCUCCUGGACCCGAUGGAGGACCCGGACGACAUCCUGCGUGCCAACCGCUCCCGGGAGAAGACUUACAUGUUUGACGUGGCGUUCGACUACUCGGCCAGUCAGGACGAGGUGUACAGAGCUACAACCAAAGGGCUGAUCGAGGGCCUGAUAUCAGGCUACAACGCAACUGUGUUUGCAUACGGACCCACAGGUUGUGGGAAGACAUACACCAUGUUGGGGACGGACAAGGAGCCGGGCAUCUACGUUCGAACGUUGAACGACCUGUUCCGAGCCAUCGAGGACACCAGCGACGACAUGCUGUACAGUGUCUCCAUGUCCUACCUGGAGAUCUACAACGAGAUGAUCCGGGACCUGUUGAACCCGUCGUCAGGCUUUCUGGACUUGAGAGAAGACGCGAAGGGAGAGAUCCAGGUCGCCGGCAUCACUGAGGUGUCGACCAUCAACGCCCAAGAGAUCAUGGAACUGCUGAUGAAGGGGAACAAGCAGCGCACCCAGGAGCCCACAGCCGCCAAUCAGACGUCGUCUCGCUCCCACGCUGUGCUGCAGGUGGCCGUCAAGCAGCAGAGCCGCUGCCGAGACGUCCUGCAGGAGGUUCGCUUCGCACGCCUCUUCAUGAUCGACCUUGCCGGCUCCGAGCGAGCAGCACAGACUCAGAACAGGGGUCAGCGGUUGAAAGAGGGGGCUCACAUCAACCGCUCCCUCUUGGCUUUGGGCAACUGCAUCAAUGCCCUGAGCGAAAAAAAUGGCACCAAGUACGUCAACUAUCGAGACAGCAAGUUGACU